AUGGCUAUCACCCCGCGAUCAAUUCCUUCAUCCACACCUGGGCGUCCUCAUUCGGCGCAUAGGUCCGGCCCAAAGACACGCGCAGACACCUCCCUGCAGAGUACUUUAGGUCCCGAGUUCAUUCCAUUCAUGGCUGCGAGAGCGCGUUCAGCUAAGCGGGGCAUGAAGACGCCUCCUGCAUCACCGCCUCCAGAGCCUUCCGUCCAUAGAGGGACUCAUUUACGACGCCAGUCUACCGUAGGCAGGCCAACUCCCGGGGUCGGUGGUCCAUCUCGUCAGGUAUCACCCACGCCAACAGGACUUCGUGCUCCCGAAUGGCCAUCUGCGGACGGUACUCGGCAAGACGCUGAAGAGGUCCCUGCGCUGCAAGAACCGGGCAGUUCAACAUACCUGCCUCAAAAUGCUCACAGUCCACCGAUAGAGGCAUCCUGUUUAGGCGCUUCCUCUUCUCACCCCCGCUCACCGAGACAACUUCCCCCGUCGUCGCCCCCAUUGCCAUUAUCGACAGAAAACAUCAGAGCCAAGGGACAAACAGCGGCUACGGCACAACGUCCAGAUGCUCCGGGAAAAUAUCCUUUCGUCGGGCCUAUUCAGUAUACUUAUCCCAUCCAACUACCUUUGGUCGGUGAUGAUCCCACCUGGCUAGAACAAAUGAUGACACAACUCCGAGGAGAGCGUUUCCAGCUCCAGCAGUAUAUGGAAGAGUCGCGUCAGAUGUUCGACCGAGGCUGCGCAGAGUCUCGCUUGAUGCAAAUUGAACUGGAGCGAGAGCAGGACGAGACGGCCGACCUCAUCCGGAAUAUGGUUACAUUGGCAGGUCCUGCGUAUGGGGAGUGGUUCUGGAGGCAGUAUGAAGAGGGUAUGGGUGAUCUCUCUCUCGACAGCGAUUUCCAUAACCCCGAGUCGAACGAACUGCCAUCGCCGUGUCCCCCUUCAAGAAAGCGCCGCCGUGAAGACGACGGUGACGACGACGAGGGUGACCAAGAUUCAAAUGAAGAGCCACAAGUUCGGGAUGUGUACAAAAGGCGCAAGCUGGAACUGCAAAAUGUAUUGGAACCUUACGCCCAGUUUCUACGUGUUGACCCGAGGGGCCCUUGUCCCGAGAAUAAUUUCGGAUUCAAUCUGGACCCUGAUGUAUAUGACGAGGAAAUCCGGGAACAGACGUCAGGUACACCAGAGCCUUCUAGUGUACGCACCCCAGAUCCGAGCUCACCCAUUGCGGAGCAAGAUGCGAUUUCUGCCCCGUCCGAUAGUCUCCGGGAUGGCAGCGUAGCAGCAAACCCACAAUCCCUCGAAGCCACACACGAUGAAGACUCCAAAGUCGUGAGUGAUCAGGCAAUUAGCGCAGGAAAUGGGCGCCUGCACGGGUCGCCCCCGAGUCACCCUGUGGAGGACAAGAGGCUGCCAUUGCGCCCUCAACCUGUCUUUCACCUGCCUCCUACUGAGUCCCAAGAGGAGUGCAACGGCACUGGGCUCAGUGAAUCUGAUAAGUACCAAAAUGAAGCUGUAGCCAUGGAUGCCGAGGUCGAUCAGCUUGAUGAUGGCCACGACGAAACACAACUGGCAGAGGUGGGUGAACUGGAACUUACCUAUCCUGAUGAUGAGGAGAGGGAUGCCUCCGAUGGUCCGGGAACGCUGGCUUUGUGUGCUGUUGAUGAAUAUGGAAUUGAUGGCGAUUAUGGGAGCGGUGACGAGUAUGGCGGUGUUCAGGACGAGUACGAUGGUAUCGACGAAGAUGGCGAAGAGAAUGAAAUCGGUGACGUUGAUGAGUUGGGCGAGGAAGACGAGGAAGAAGGCGAGGAGGAUGAUGGCGAGGAAGGGGACUUCCAUAACAGCGACGAAAGCGAGGACGAAAGCGAAGAUGAUGCUGCCGGCCCCCUUGCAGCUGCCAACGAUGCAGAUGCGCUCGUAGUCGUCGGCGCCCAUGCCAACAACGGUAUGCAGCCGAAUGGCGGAGCUGGUAACGCGCUGCAACCCGCAAAUAACAACGCAGUAGUGGCCCCUCGAGCCUUCCAAUCUCGACCUCUAAGGCGGGAGUACCAGACACUGACGCAUGUCGAUCUCGCGACGAAUACAGCCUACUUCGUAGACCGGACGGAGGAAGACCUCACGAGGAGUACCAACGGUGAAUUCUAUUUCUCUACCUAUGACGAGUCGUUCGGCGACCCAUCUGGCAGCGCUCGUGGUAUUGAAUAUCCAUCUCACGGAGCUCUUGACUUUUGA